AUGGAGCUUGCUGUCACGGGUGAUAACGUCGACGUCGCCUAUAAGGCCGCAGCAAACGCCUUAUUACAUCUCCACCGACUCGACAAGAAACGAGCCACGGAACUCCUUCUCCAGGACCCGCUUCACAAGCACCUGAGCGACAGCAUGAGCGGCAUGGAGCUGAAAGUGCAGGGACUGGAGAAGGAGCUGUACGAGCUCAAAACCGGCUGCGGUAAAGAGCUUCGAAGUGUCAGAUCAUGCCUCUCUGUGGCUCUUGGUAGUAUCGACAAAGCUGCCGAAGACGUCCAUACGCUCGAAAACUCUGAGGGGGCAGGCAAGGAAGAUCAGACUGAGCAGAUUACGAAAUUUGUGGAAGCCUUGGUGGCUCAAGUAUCGAGCAAUAUCGGAAGCAGCUUGAUUAAGAUCGAGCAAGCACUUGGUGUUCCAUCACCAGCGGCUAUUGCACAGAAUGGUGGGGCAGGAAAACGAGGAGGAGAGCAGCAGGACGUGGUUGGCCUUGGUAGCGUUCCAAAGCAGGGCCGGGGAUCAAAGGCUGUGAGAGGGAGUACAUUGAGGAGCAAUGCCAAGCGUGGCAGAAACGUGGUCGCUCAGAGGAGCAGCAUGCGCCUUGCGGCUGCGGCCUCGGCUCAAUCUUCGACUUGA